AUGACAACUAACGGCGGACCCAAUCGCGGCACUGAAUAUCUGCGCGCCGUAAAAGAUGUCACCGCGUCUUCAUUCGUGUCCGAGGAAGAUCGAGCUGAAGCACUGCAGGCAACGUACGAAGCCGUUUUUAGAUUGGAGUCACCAUGGGAGACCUAUACUAGACUAUACCUGAACAUUCCCGCUGUUAUGGCUGGAUUAAAAGUCAUUAAGGACUUAGAUUUGAUGAACAAAUGGCAUGAAAAAGGCAACAUUCCUAUGACAAGCGUGGAGCUUGCGGAACUCGUCGGGGGUUGUGAUUCCCAGCUUCUCCAUCGCUUUCUUCGUUUACUGGCUGCAAAUGGACUUUUGAAGCAAGUACCGACUGAAAAGUUCAAGCCAAAUCAAUUCUGCGUUGAGAUUUCCAACCCAGAGUUCAGUACAGUUAUCGACUUUUAUUUCUUAGUCACUCGCCCUGCCUUUGAUCUCUUGCCUGCACAUUUAGCGGAAAGAGGCCACAAAAACCCCAUUGAUCCUAACGACACUCCGGUCAAAGAAUUAACCGGUCAUGAGAGUAUGUGGUCUUAUUUGAAGGAAACCCCAAAAGCAGGAGAGACUUUCAACAUCCUCCAGAAGUUUUCAACAAUGAAAGAGCCAGCCUGGAUGGAGAUGUACCCUCAUGAAAAGCUCGUUGACGAAUCCGAUCCCAAUUAUCCGCUGCUUGUCGAUAUUGGUGGUGGUAUCGGCCAAGAUAUACUGAGGUUCUAUACUGCCUACCCAGAGUUGGCCUCAAGGAUCUAUCUCGAAGAUCUCCCAGAAGUCAUCGCCGACGCAAACGAGAAAGCAAUUAUCCCCAACAACGUCAACAAGCUGGAGUACAACUUUUUCACGCCGCAGCCAAUAAAGAGUGCCCGUGCAUAUUUCAUGCAUCACAUCAUCCACGACUGGCCUGAUGCCUCAGCUCAGAAGAUUUUGGAAAUGCAGAAAAGCGCGAUGAAGCCUGGCUAUAGUAGGUUGCUCAUCCACGAAAAUGUCUUGGAUGGCGAAAAAAGCCUCUUGGGACCUACUUCUCUUGAUAUCACUAUGAUGGUGUGUUUGGCUGGGCAGGAGCGCACAGAAAAGCAGUGGUUGGCUCUCUUUGACUCGGUUGGACUCAAGGUGAUCAAAUUCUGGAAGAAGCCACCUGGCACUUUUAAUAUCAUUGAGGUUGAAGUGCCAUUAUCUCCAUCAUACUAG